GGGUGGGGGGGGGGGAGAUCCGUGCCCCACCUAGCGAGUUCGUGGGUCUCAUGUCUGAUAGACACGUGACCACACCCACCAGCGCUGACAGGAAAUCACCGCGGCCAAGGGGGCCAUGGAGCGCGAGCUCUCCUCCCACCCCCGGGAGCCGCCCAUGGGGGCCUGGUGGCGGCGCACGGCAAGGGAGCCCUUUGCGGCCGCUGCCAAUGGUGCAUCGGUUCUUGAGGGAGGUGAUGGCUGGGGGCUGUAGAAAACCACCCAUCAGCGAUGAUCUAGGGCCUUAAAAUGGGGAAUACAAGCAGUGAGCGAGCUGGUAUGGAGCGUCAUGGGGGCCAUAAGACGCCCCGAAGAGACAAUUCUGGUGGAGCCAUUAGUACAAAAGAAGGUGAUAGACCAAAAAUCUUGAUGGAUAGUCCUGAAGAUGCAGACUUGUUCCAUUCUGAGGAAAUAAAGGCUCCACGAGAGAGAGAGGAAUUUCUAGCUUGGCAGCAAGAUCUGGAAGUGAGUGAAAAAGUCCCUGUUCAAAAUCAGCCAACAGUCUUUCGCUGGACUGCGGGAGGGAAAGAGGUUUAUCUGUCAGGUUCCUUCAACAAUUGGAGUAAACUUCCUCUUACAAGAAGCCACAAUAACUUUGUAGCAAUCCUGGAUCUUCCAGAAGGAGAGCACCAGUACAAGUUUUAUGUGGAUGGUCAGUGGACGCAUGAUCCUUCGGAGCCAGUAGUAACCAGCCAGCUUGGUACGGUUAACAACAUCAUUCAGGUGAAGAAAACUGACUUUGAAGUAUUUGAUGCUUUAAUGGUGGACUCCCAAAAAUGCUCAGAUAUGUCUGAGCUAUCAAGUUCACCCCCAGGACCCUACCACCAGGAUCCCUAUGUUUCUAAGCCAGAGGAACGCUUCAAGACUCCACCUAUUCUUCCACCACACCUGCUGCAGGUGAUCCUGAAUAAGGACACUGGCAUUUCUUGCGAUCCAGCGCUACUUCCUGAACCCAAUCACGUCAUGCUGAACCACCUCUAUGCACUUUCUAUCAAGGAUGGAGUGAUGGUGCUCAGUGCCACUCAUCGUUACAAGAAAAAAUAUGUGACUACAUUGCUGUACAAGCCAAUAUGAUUAGACCAGGUGUCCUGGG